GUGUUAUCAAUUAUCAUUUAUUUAUAAACAAACAGAUAAAAAAAAAAAGAAAGAGGCCACAAAAAAUUCCACUGAUGUUUUCAGCAUUGCCUUGUCGAGUCUUGUAAUGCAAAAGUCAGUUGCAAUAUAAUACUUGACGAUAUUUAAACAACUAAAUUUUACAACAAAAAACAUGAAAAUUGUUAAAACUUUUGUUAAGGAUAUUAGAUUUCCUACAUCAUUACUAGGUGAUGGUAGUGAUGCAAUGCAUACUGAUCCAGAUUAUUCUUGUGCAUAUGUAACAAUUAUUUUGGAUAAUGGAUUAGAAGGAUGUGGUCUGACAUUUACUCUAGGCAGAGGAACAGAAAUUGUUGUCAAUGCUUGUAAGACAAUUUUACCAUUUGUAAAUGGUCAAGAUGUUGAAGAAAUAUUCAAAGACUUUGCUGGCUUUUGGAGAAAAAUAACAAGUGAAUCACAGCUAAGAUGGUUGGGUCCAGAGAAAGGAGUAAUGCAUCUUGCAACAGCAGCUGUUAUAAAUUCACUGUGGGAUUUAUGGGCAAAAAUAAAAAAUGUUCCAUUAUGGAAACUUUUGGUUGAUUUAACACCAGAAGAAUUAGUAUCAACAAUUGAUUUUCGUUACAUAACAGAUGUUAUUACAAAAGAAGAAGCAAUAAAAAUAUUAAAAGACAAACAAGUAGAUAAAUUAAAAAGAGAAAAAUAUUUAUUUGAAAAUGGUUUACCAGCAUAUACAACACAAGUUGGUUGGAUUGGUUAUUCAAAUGAUAAAGUUCGUGAGCUUUGUAAAAAAUAUAUUGAUCUUGGUUUUACACAUUUUAAAAUUAAAGUUGGUGGUAAUAUUAAAAAUGAUAUUGAUAGAUGUAAAUUAAUACGUAAUGAAAUUGGUGAUGUUAAUAAAUUAAUGCUUGAUGCAAAUCAAAUAUGGGAUGUUGAAGAGGCUAUUAGCUGGAUGAAGAAACUUGUAGAAUUUAAACCAUUAUGGAUUGAAGAGCCAACAAGUCCAGAUGAUAUUUUGGGGCAUGCAAAAAUUUUAAAAGCAUUAAAACCAUUUGAUAUUGGUGUUGCAACUGGUGAGGCAUGUGCAAAUCGUGUUAUGUUUAAACAAUUUCUUCAAGCUGAUGGAUUAAAUUAUUGUCAAAUUGAUUCAGCAAGAAUUGGUGGUGUUAAUGAAAUUUUAAGUGUCUAUUUAAUGGCACAUAAAUUUAAAAUUCCAGUUUGUCCUCAUGCUGGUGGUGUUGGACUUUGUGAAAUGGUACAACAUUUACAAAUGUGGGAUUAUGUAUCAUUAAGUUGUACAACUGAUGAUAGAAUCAUUGAAUAUGUCGAUCAACAACACCAACAUUUCAAGCAUCCAGCAGUUGUUAAAAAUGCCAAGUAUCAAGCACCAACAUCAGCUGGUUACUCAACACAAUUUACCAAUGAAACUAUCAUUAAUUACGAGUAUCCAAAUGGCAAAGAAUGGCUAAAAAUGUUUGCUCAAGGUAUCUACAAGAAACCCCAACAAUAAU